CCUGCCCCCCACCUUUUGAAGUCGAAGAAGUAGGGGCCAUUUUCCCGCCGGAUCGGGGGCGUGGCGUCGCGCGCAGCUUGAUGACAACAGCUCGGCGUCCGGCGGCUGAAUGGCGGCUUCCAGUCCUAGUGCUGCGGCGCUAAAGGUUCCACUGUGAUUUCCUAACGUGACCAUUUUUUACUCUCCAAGAAAGGCUACUAUGGCAUUCCCUCACCUACAACAGCCUAGCUUCCUACUGGCUAGCCUGAAAGCUGACUAUGUAAAUAAGCCCUUUGCACAGAGGUGCCAAGACUUGGUAAAAGUCAUUGAAGAUUUUCCAGCAAAGGAGCUGCACACCAUCUUCCCAUGGCUGGUAGAGAGCAUCUUCGGCAGUCUGGAUGGUGUCCUCGUUGGCUGGAACCUCCGUUGCCUGCAGGGCCGUGUGAACCCUGUGGAGUACAGCAUUGCAAUGGAAUUUCUAGAUCCUGGUGGCCCAAUGAUGAAGUUGGUUUAUAAACUUCAAGCUGAAGACUAUAAAUUUGACUUUCCUGUCUCCUACUUACCUGGCCCCGUGAAGGCAUCCAUCCAGGAGCACAUCCUCCCUGACAGCGCUCUGUACCACAACAAGGUCCAGUUUCCUCCCACAGGGGGUCUUGGCCUGAACCUGGUCCUCAAUCCAUUUGAGUAUUACAUAUUCUUCUUUGCCUUGAGUCUCAUCACUCAGAAGCCACUAUCCAUGUCCCUCCAUGUCCGUACUUCAGACUGUGCCUAUUUCAUCCUGGUGGACAGGUACCUGUCAUGGUUUCUGCCCACUGAAGGCAGUGUGCCCCCUCCAUUCUCCUGUAGUCCUGGUGGGGCCAGCCCAUCACCUGCUCCCAGGACUCCAGCCAUGCCUUUUGCCUCCUAUGGCCUCCACCACACCAGCCUCCUGAAGCGACAUAUCUCUCAUCAGACAUCUGUGAAUGCAGACCCUGCCUCCCAGGAGAUCUGGAGAUCAGAAACUCUCCUCCAGGUGUUUGUUGAAAUGUGGCUUCACCAUUAUUCCUUGGAAAUGUAUCAGAAAAUGCAGUCCCCUCAUGCCAAGCUGGAGGUUCUGCACUACAGACUCAGUGUCUCCAGCGCCCUCCACAGCCCUGCCCAACCCAGCCUCCAAGCCCUCCACGCCUACCAAGAGUCAUUCACACCCUCCGAGGAGCACGUGCUAGUGGUGCGCCUGUUGCUGAAGCACCUGCAUGCCUUUGCCAACAGCCUGAAGCCUGAGCAGGCCUCGCCCUCAACCCACUCCCAUGCCACCAGUCCCUUGGAGGAGUUCAAACGGGCCGCUGUCCCGAGAUUUGUCCAGCGGAAGCUCUACCUCUUCCUGCAGCACUGCUUUGGCCACUGGCCCCUGGAUGCUUCCUUCAGAGCUGUCCUGGAAAUGUGGCUGAGCUACCUGCAGCCGUGGAGGUACGCAUCUGAGAAGCAGCCUCAGAGCAGUGAUUCCCAACCCCGGUGUGUGUCGGAGAAAUGGGCACCCUUUGUCCAGGAGAACCUGCUGGUGUACACCAAGCUCUUCGUGAGCUUCCUAAACCGUGCACUCCGCACAGACCUGGUCAGCCCCAAGAACGCGCUCAUGGUGUUCCGAGUGGCCAAAGUCUUUGCCCAGCCCAACCUGGCUGAAAUGAUCCAAAAAGGAACUGUUCUGGAGCCCUUCCAGGAGCACCAGCAAUCUGGCCUGCGAAGCUGGAGCCAGACUCGAGCCCUGCCUUCCAGCUUCCUGUCUCCGUGGCCACCAGCCAUCACUGACGCCUCAUUCAAGGUGAAGAGCCACGUUUACAGCCUGGAGGGCCAGGACUGCAAGUACACCCCAAUGUUUGGGCCUGAGGUCCGGACCCUGGUGUUGCGCCUUGCUCAGCUCAUCACACAAGCCAAGCAGACCGCCAGGUCCAUCUCUGACCAGUGUGUGGAGAGCCCCCCUGGCCGGUCCUUCCUGUCAUGGCUGGGCUUCUGCCCCACAGACCCAAACAGCUAUUACCCAGCCAACGACCUGGACGAGAUGGGCCAGGACAGCAUCCGCAAGACAGAUGAGUACCUAGAGAAGGCCCUGGAGUACCUGCGCCAGAUAUUCCGACUCAGUGAAGCCCAGCUCGCCCAGCUCACACUCACCCUGGGGACGACGCAGGACGAAAAUGGGAAGAAACAACUCCCAGACUGCAUCGUGGGGGAGGAUGGGCUCAUCCUCACAGCCCUGGGCCGCUACCAAAUCAUCAAUGGGCUGCGGAGGUUUGAAAUUGAGUACCAGGGGGACUCAGAGCUACAGCCCAUCCGGAGCUACGAGAAUGCCAGCCUAGUCCGAGCACUCUUCCGGCUGUCAUCUGCCAUCAACCGUAGAUUUGCAGGCCAGAUGGUUGCUCUGUGUUCCCGGGAUGACUUCCUUGGCAGCUUCUGUCGAUACCAUCUCAUUGAGCCUACACUGGCCAACAGGCACCUGCUGAGCCCCGUGGGGCAGAGGCAGGCGGCCAGCCAUGCUCGGGGCCCCAGACUCAGCCUGCGCUUCCUGGGCAGCUACCGAACACUACUCUUCCUCUUGCUGGCCUUCAUCGUGGCCUCUCUGUUAUGCAUCAGACCCCUACCCUGCACCCUGCUCCUUGUCCUGGGCUACCUCCUCUAUGCCAUAGCCAUGACAUUGCUGACAGAACGGGGAAAACUUCACCAGCCCUGACAGGGUGGCUGUUGUCUAGAGAACUCCCUGGUAGGAUUUGCUGCACUAGGCUGAGAAGCCCUGCUGCUUCCAAACCAGAGUGUGGUCAUCUUUGGACUCCUGGGGAGUGUUUUCCUGCAACCAUGGAGUCAUCCAGAUGAAACUGAAAUGAGAAGAGAGACUGACAAGGAAGAGGCAGUGUCAGAGGGCUCUGUGUGACAACCAGAGCUGGCCACAGCCAUUCACUGUGCCAGCCCAAGGCCCUACAAGCAGCUGAGCUAGUCUUGGAGGCCUUUGUAACCAUUUGAAGAUUUUUCCAUUUGAAGAUUUCUCCACUGUGGCUGUCCUUGAAGUGGGCAGAGUAGGUUGUGACAUCUCUCCCCAUGAGAUGCCCCGAUAGUAGCUUAGCCUCCCCUCCAGGCAAGAAUCAGUUUCUAAAAGAUUCCUGAGAAAACUAGGUAAUGGCUCUCCUGAUUCACUUUAAAGCGAAGGUUUGCUAUCGGAUUUGGCAAAGCAAGGAUGGUUCCCUUGUAUGUUCUCGCAGUGAGUCCAAAGCUGGGCUGAAGGCUCUACUUCUGAAUUUCAUGGCGACCCUCUCAGAGCAUAGGAUCCUACUUUACCUCUGGCUCCCAAGCCUCUGCAGCCUUGCACCACAAGCAAACGCUGGUUGUUGGCAGGUGGAGUGCUGUGGCAGGGUCCUGCUGGCUUCUUUCUGCAACCAGAGAUGGCCAAGAGCAGUAUUUGCUCCUCCAUAAACCAAGUACUCAGAGACAGUAACCUUUUUGAUAACACUGACAUAUACCUGGUGUAUGACAACUACACGUUCACUGUCCAAAAAAAAUCACCACAGUCUCACCUUUGUUCAUCCUCCAGACAAUGUACCACUACAACAGCAUCUUGGUAGUGAUAUUAAACCAAGUCUUUGGUUUUGGUGUGUGGGGAUUUUUUAAAAAAGAAAAUAACAUGUUUUCAAAUUUUAACUGUUGGGCCUUGUGUUUUGAUGUAAUCUCAGGAUACAUUUUGGAGCCCAUGAUCAAAAAUCAAACCAAAACCAUAGUUUUAACCAUGGAUCUGAAUAAACCUGUUUUUGCUUUGGAGUCUUGGUGUCGGCCCAAGCUCCAGUAGGUUCACCUGCACAGGGUGCCUAUGCACUCAGGAACUGCAGAAACAGCUGCUGGAUGUCCUGACCUCCAACCCUUACCCCAGGGGCCACGAGCCUGUUCAUUGACAUUUUGGGACUCAAAACCUUUCAGUGCCUGUCUCAAGCAGAUGAGCUGUGGGCCAGAUCGAAGGUCGGUCAGUGGGCCAGCUUCUCUGUUGGUCUUGUACCUUGCCCAUCUGCAGCUGCCACCUUGCAGCUGCCUGUAGCUUGUUGGUCCCUGAGGAGAGCAUCAGAUCCUUAGGGAGAUGGGCACCUAUCAGCUCAGCCAGGGGCAUCAUUCUACUUUGUUUCUACUGGUCUCCAUCCAAUCCUGUUGAUGAAUGUGCCUUUAGUUCAGAGUUGGCCAAGGGUUUGAGGGGCAUUCAUAGCUUUGGGCUCCUCAUCCUCUAGUUCCAGACUUAUAAGCAUUCCUCCAUUAGUCCCUUUGAUUUUGAGGUGCAGUACAGCCAAACUCCAUCCUCUGCCUUAUUGAGCCAUUAAGCCCAUGGCUUCCUAUUUGAGAUUUAGCUGACUACAGAGCCCAUAGGGCAAAAGUAGCUCAUCCAAGAACUACCUCCCUAGUUAGGCAUGGUGGAACAUGCCUGUAAUUCCACCUAUUUGCGAGGUUGAAGCAGGGGAAUGAUGAAGUCUAGCCUGGGUGAUAUAGGAAGACCCUGUCUCAGAAUUUUAAAAGGGCUUGGUAUGUAACUCAGUGAUAACUACUUGCCUAGUAUUCAUGAGGCCCUGGGUUCAAUCCCCAGUACUGAAAAACCCUCUGUGCCUUCAUCUCCCCCACACCCCAAUACUGGGGAUUGAACCUAGGAUCUUUUACAGAGCUACAUUUUGACAUGAGUUCUUGCUAAGUUGCCCAGGCUGGGCUCCAAAUGUGAUCCUGCCAUACCCUCCCAAGUAGCUGGAAUUGCACACCUGUGCCACUGAGCCUGCCUGAAAGUUGAUUUGAACCUGUAACUAUCUCCUAUUCAAAAAGUGAAGUAUUAAAAAGUGAGACAAA